AUGAUAAUUACACAAACUUAAAAUUAAUGAAGAAUUAUUAACUACAUGUAAUUGUUGAAAUCUAUUGACGACCAUUGAUUUAUGGUUGUACAGUAUUCUAUAUACCAGAGGAUACAUAUAUUAUCAGACAAAUAUAUGAUAAUUACACAAAGUUAAAACUAAACAAAAAAUGGUUAUAACUAACUUUUACUAAAUACUAUCAACAGUUGAUUCAUGGAUUUAUUUUAUACACCAGGUGAGAUAUCUGCAUAUGUCAAUAAAAAGACAAUAAUAUGAAAGAGACAUACAAAGGAUGAAAUGAAAGAAAAAUAAUAUAUGUAUAAAACUACAUGUAUAAAUGAUUAAGGAAUUAAUCAUUAAAAUGUUUACAUCUGUACUUAUGAUUGGGAUAUUACAUCAGUGUAUUGGACAUGUAUAUAUUCAGAACACCUAUCAUAUAAACCAAUACAAAGUUUUACGAGCUCAGGCAAUUCGAACAGACAUAGGGGUCACGAGACUGGAUUGCGCUGCAGAGUGCACACGCGAUUUAACAUGCUGGGCCGUGAAUUACAACCCUAAAGAUGGGGUUUGUGAACAUGUCAGUUAUGGUGAGUUUCCUGUGCCAGAAUCGGCGAAAUUUGUCGAUGCCGGGUGGUAUUCAAUGGCUGUUACCGCCCCAAGAGAUUGUGAAGAUUGGUUUAACAGGGGGAUAAGAAAAAGUGGAAGUUACGUCAUACAGCCAAAUUUAAAUCUACCGCCAUUUCACAUCUAUUGCAAUAUGGCUGACAAUGGAUGGAGUGUCAUACAAAGACGGAUUGACGGUACAGUGAGUUUCUAUGACAAAAUUUGGGAUGAAUAUAAAAAUGGAUUUGGCGAUUUAAAUGGUGAAUUUUGGCUUGGAAAUGAGAAAAUUCAUGAGCUGGUAACGUUAAAUGAUUACAAAAUUCGUUUCGAUCUUCAUCACCCAAAUGGGACAUGGUACUACUCGAUUCAUGAGAAUUUCAGAAUAUCUAAUGAGACAGAGAAUUACAAAGCAUAUAUCGGGUCAUUUUUGGAGGGUACGGCAGGUGCCCAAGCUUUGAGUAUGAGAAACAGGGAAUUUUCCACGAAUGACCGUGACAAUGACUCAAAUGGCAAAGUACACUGUGCCCAGUCUUUAAAUGGUGGCGGCUGGUGGUAUUCAAGAUGUGGAGCCACUAGAUUGAAUGGCAAGUACAAUUCAGAGGGGGUGUUAACAGAACAGCCAAGAUCUGGAAUUUCCUGGAGCACCGACAUGGACAAAUUUUUAAACAAGGGGGAAAAACCAUCCCUCCUGCAGACAAUGAUAAGUAUUAAAAGGCAUAAAAAAAAUAAUUCAUGAAAUUCAGUUCAUAUUUC